AGUCCCUUCACUAUGGCUCCCGCAGCGACUGAUAGCGCCGCUGCCCAGCAGUCCGCUGGGUACGACGCGGCCCGCCCCUUCGUCGGCAAGGUCGCCCUCAUCACCGGCUCCGGCCGUGGUAUCGGCCGUGGCAUCGCCAUCGAGCUCGGCAGGCGCGGCGCCAACGUCGUUGUCAACUACGCCUCGUCCGCCAAAGCUGCCGAGGAGGUCGUCGCCGAGAUCCAGAAGCUCGGCGCCAAGGCUGUCGCCUACAAGGCCGACAUCAGCAAGCCUGCCGAGGUUGUCGACCUCUUCGACCGCGCCGUUGCCCACUUCGGCCGCAUGGACUACGUCAUCUCCAACUCGGGCAAGGAGGUUUGGUGCCCCGAGGAGGAGGUCACCGAAGAGCUCUUCCAGAACAUCUUCGACCUCAACACCCGUGGCCAGUUCUUCGUCGCCCAGCAGGGCCUGAAGCACUGCUCUCGUGGCGGCCGCAUCAUCCUGACGUCCUCCAUCGCUGCCCAGAUGGGCGGUAUCCCCAACCACGCCCUGUACGCCGGCUCCAAGGCCGCCGUCGAGGGCUUCACCCGCGCCUUCGCCGUCGACUGCGGCGCCAAGGGCGUCACUGUCAACGCCAUCGCCCCCGGCGGUGUCAAGACAGACAUGUUCGACGAGAACGCGUGGCACUACGUCCCCAACGGCUACAAGGGCAUGCCCAUGGAGAUCAUCGACCAGGGCCUCGCCAACCUGAACCCCCUCAAGCGCGUCGGUGUUCCUGCCGAUGUCGGCAAGGUCGUCGCCUCUCUCUGCCACCCUGACUGCGAGUGGAUCAACGGUCAGGUCAUCAAGGUCACCGGUGGUGGCACAUAAGUGCAGCAAUGUUCAACUCGUCCGCAGCCUCAUUCGUAAGGGGUUGCUAUCAUGACGCCUUAAUGCAUCGGAUCGCAAGGCGGGCCGGACGCUUGCGAUCCCCGGGUCUGGGUCUGGUUGGUAAUAUGGGGGCAUGAGAUGAUGGAAACUUACAUAACAAACACAUCUUGGAAAGGCCUAUGUAGACAUCAUGAAUGAAGAAACCUUUACUGGGAAACUCGUUCGCAUCUCCGCACCCUCGACGAUAAGUGAAACGACGUGGUUUAUUCUUGUCCUUGCUUGACCUGACCAUAGUCCACAAUCAGUCGGCUUGACAUCGCACUUCACGUUACCACUAAACAAGUAAAUCCCGCAGCGAGCGGCAAUGUGCCUCAAGAGCGUCU